UCUUGCUCUGCCGCGGUGGGUGUAAAGUGCCGGCUGGGGCCCCGCGUUGGAUUCCACUUCGAUUUUGGAAGGUUGACUGCAUGGUUCCCUUGUAGUCUCUGGGAACACACAUUACACCACUGAAAGAGAGCUGCUUCUGCUCUGUCCCAUCUUUUUCCUCACCCAAGGUCCUGCAUGUCUAAUAUUUAGACAUGUUCAGCUUUGUGGAUUCACGGACUGUUCUGCUACUUGUAGCAUCCCAAGUUGUUUUACUAUCCAUUGUCAGAUGUCAGGAAGAGGAUGACCACGUGGCUAUUGGUGCUAAGGGCCAGAAGGGGGAACCCGGCGAGAUUGCAGAUGUUGUAGGAGCAAAUGGACCAGCAGGCCCUAUGGGCCCCUCAGGCGAGCAGGGACCUCGUGGAUCAGCCGGAGCUAAGGGUGAUAAGGGAAAUGUUGGCCCCAGAGGCAGAGAUGGCGAGCCUGGCACCCCAGGGAACCCCGGACCCCCUGGCCCACCCGGACCUAAUGGACCUGCAGGCCUUGGCGGGAACUUUGCUGCUCAGAUGGCAGGUGGAUUCGACGAGAAAGCUGGAGGUGCACAGAUGGGAGUGAUGCAAGGACCUAUGGGCCCUAUGGGUCCCCGUGGUCCCCCUGGCCCUUCUGGAGCCCCUGGCCCACAAGGUUUCCAAGGUAACCCCGGAGAGACUGGAGAGCCAGGCCCAGCUGGCCCACUGGGACCACACGGACCACCCGGACCUUCUGGCAAACCAGGAAGUGAUGGUGAGGCUGGCAAACCUGGAAAGGCUGGUGAGCGUGGACCUGCAGGACCUCAGGGAGCUCGUGGAUUCCCCGGAACUCCUGGUCUUCCUGGAAUCAAAGGACACAGGGGUCACCCUGGUCUGGAUGGAGCUAAGGGAGAAGGCGGUGCUGCUGGAGCUAAGGGUGAGGGUGGUGCUCCCGGAGAGAACGGCGCGUCUGGACCAAUGGGACCACGUGGUCUGUCUGGCGAGAGAGGCCGUCCCGGACCUUCUGGCUCUGCUGGUGCCCGAGGUAAUGAUGGCUUGCCUGGCCCUGCUGGUCCUCCCGGGCCUGUUGGGCCUGCUGGAGCACCCGGUUUCCCUGGAUCCCCAGGAGCCAAGGGAGAAGCUGGCCCCACUGGUGCACGUGGAACUGAGGGCGCACAGGGACCCCGUGGAGAGGCUGGUACACCCGGAUCUCCUGGACCCGCUGGUGCCUCUGGCAACCCUGGUACUGAUGGUAUCCCUGGAGCUAAAGGAUCUGCUGGCGCUUCUGGAAUUGCUGGUGCACCUGGUUUCCCCGGACCCCGUGGCCCCCCCGGACCUCAGGGAGCAACAGGACCUCUUGGACCCAAGGGACAGUCUGGAGACCCCGGUAUUCCUGGCUUCAAAGGAGAGGCUGGUCCCAAGGGAGAGCUUGGCCCUAUAGGUCCCCAUGGCGCCCCUGGCCCCGCUGGCGAGGAGGGCAAGAGAGGAGCAAGAGGAGAGCCCGGUGCUGCUGGACCACUUGGACCUCCUGGCGAGAGAGGAGCUCCCGGUAACCGUGGUUUCCCAGGUCAGGAUGGUCUUGCAGGUUCUAAGGGAGCCCCUGGUGACCGUGGUGUUCCCGGCGUGGGUGGGCCUAAGGGAGGCACUGGUGACCCCGGCCGCACAGGAGAGCCUGGUCUUCCUGGAGCCAGAGGUCUCACUGGUCGCCCUGGAGAUGCUGGUCCUCAAGGCAAAGUUGGUCCUGGUGGUGCUGCUGGUGAGGAUGGUCGCCCCGGCCCACCUGGUCCUCUGGGAGCCCGUGGCCAGCCUGGUGUGAUGGGAUUCCCCGGACCAAAGGGAGCCAAUGGUGAGCCUGGCAAGGCAGGAGAGAAGGGUCUUGUGGGUCGUCAAGGUCUGAUCGGUCUGGCUGGUAAAGAUGGUGAGACUGGUGCUGCUGGACCUCUUGGCCCUCCUGGACCUGCUGGAGAGAGAGGAGAGCAAGGAGCUGCUGGACCUUCAGGCUUCCAGGGUCUGCCCGGACCUGCUGGCCCCCCAGGAGAGGGAGGCAAGCCUGGUGAUGCGGGUGUUCCUGGAGAGGCUGGUGCUGCUGGUGCUACUGGACCUAGAGGCGAGCGUGGUUUCCCUGGUGAGAGAGGCGGUGCUGGACCUCAGGGUCUGCAGGGACCUCGUGGACUUCCUGGAACUCCCGGAAGUGAUGGACCGAAGGGAGCCAUUGGGCCAUCUGGUGGUGCUGGAGCUCAGGGACCCCCAGGUCUGCAGGGUAUGCCAGGAGAGAGGGGAGCUGGUGGAAUCUCCGGCGCCAAGGGUGACAGAGGUGACAAUGGAGAGAAAGGACCUGAGGGCGCUUCUGGAAAAGAUGGUUCUAGAGGUUUGACUGGUCCCAUUGGUCCUCCUGGCCCAGCUGGUCCCAAUGGCAUAAAGGGUGAGGGUGGACCUUCUGGCCCAACUGGUGCUGCUGGUGCCCGUGGUGCUCCUGGUGACCGUGGUGAGGGUGGUCCCCCCGGGCCUGCUGGCUUCGCUGGGCCACCUGGUGCAGAUGGUCAGCCUGGAGCCAAGGGAGAGUUAGGCGAGGCUGGACAGAAGGGAGAUGGUGGUGCCCAUGGACCUCAAGGACCCUCUGGGGCCCCUGGACCUGUGGGUCCCACUGGUGUUUCUGGACCUAAAGGAGCUCGUGGUGCCCAGGGGGCUUCUGGUGCUACUGGUUUCCCUGGUGCUGCUGGAAGAGUUGGUUCUCCCGGGCCUAACGGUAACCCUGGUGCUGCUGGCCCCGCUGGUCCUGCUGGUAAAGACGGUCCUAAGGGAGUUCGUGGUGACUCUGGAACCCCAGGAAGACAGGGAGAUGCUGGGCUGCGUGGAGCUGCUGGAGCCCCUGGCGAGAAGGGAGAUGCUGGCGGGGAUGGUCUCCCUGGUCCCGAUGGUCCUUCAGGUCCCCAGGGUCUGGCUGGGUCACGUGGUAUUGUUGGUCUGCCUGGGCAGCGUGGAGAGAGGGGCUUCCCUGGCCUUCCUGGUCCUUCUGGAGAGCCCGGUAAGCAGGGAGCUCCUGGUGCUGGUGGUGACCGUGGACCCCCUGGGCCUGUGGGGCCUCCUGGACUGUCUGGACCUUCUGGCGAGCCCGGAAGAGAGGGCAACACUGGAUCUGAUGGGCCCCCUGGUAGAGAUGGAUCCACCGGAGUCAAGGGUGAGCGUGGUAACACUGGUCCUGCAGGUGCACCUGGCGCCCCCGGCGCUCCCGGUGCCCCCGGCCCUGUUGGCCCCCUGGGCAAGCAGGGAGACAGAGGAGAGGGAGGUGCUCAAGGACCUGCCGGACCCGCUGGACCAGCUGGCGCUAGAGGAAUGGCUGGACCCCAAGGACCCCGUGGAGACAAGGGAGAGGCUGGCGAGACAGGAGAGAGGGGACAGAAGGGACACCGUGGCUUCACCGGUCUGCAGGGUCUUCCUGGACCUCCAGGCUCCGCUGGAGACCAGGGAGCUGCUGGACCUGCCGGACCUAGUGGUGCUAAGGGACCCCCUGGCCCAGUCGGCCCCGCUGGUAAGGAUGGAUCUAACGGUCAGCCUGGACCCCUCGGACCCCCUGGACCUCGUGGUCGUUCUGGAGAAACUGGCCCUGCUGGUCCACCUGGUAACCCCGGACCCCCUGGUCCUCCUGGUCCUCCCGGCCCUGGCAUCGACAUGUCUGCCUUUGCUGGCCUGUCUCAGCCUGAGAAGUCUCCGGAUCCCCUGAGGUACAUGAGAGCUGACGAGGCGUCCAGCUCCCUGAGGCAGCACGACGUGGAGGUGGACUCCACACUCAAGUCCCUCAACAACCAGAUUGAGAACCUGCGCAGCCCUGAUGGUAGCCAGAAGAACCCUGCCCGCACCUGCAGAGACCUCAAACUGUGCCACCCAGAGUGGAAGAGCGGUGACUACUGGGUGGAUCCUAACAUUGGUAGCACAGCUGAUGCCAUCAAGGUCUUCUGCAACAUGGAGACUGGCGAGACCUGUGUGUACCCCAGCAUAGCCAACGUGCCUCAAAAGAACUGGUGGACAAGCAAGAGCAACGACCGCAAACAUGUCUGGUUCGGAGAGACCAUGAAUGGAGGAUUCCACUUCAGCUACGCUGAGGACGGUACCAACGCUGCCAGUAUCCAGCUGACCUUCCUGAGGCUGCUGUCCACGGAAGCGUCUCAGAGCCUCACCUACCACUGCAAGAACAGCGUGGCCUAUAUGGACGCAUCCACUGGCAACCUGAAGAAGUCUCUGCUGCUCCAGGGCUCCAACGACGUGGAGAUCAGAGCUGAGGGAAACAGCCGCUUCACCUACAGCGUUAUGGAGGAUGGCUGCAAGAAACACACAGGCCAGUGGGGAAAGACUGUCUUCGAGUACAAAACACAGAAGACCUCCCGUCUGCCCAUCGUGGACAUUGCUCCCAUGGACAUUGGAGGAGCGGACCAGGAGUUCGGUGUGGAUGUGGGAACAGUCUGCUUCUUGUAAAGUGAAAUAAACACAACGGCAAAAAACUCAAAUAUGAAAGAAAUAACUCAACUAUGAAACAAUACACACUCUACAAAAAAGAAGACUGACUUUUUAAAAAAAGGACACUUUUUCUCUGGCAAAGUGCUCUCCUUCAAGUUGUACUCCAUGGAUGUUAGCGCUGAAGGGCACCGGCAUUCCAGCAUUCCCUGUCAACCCACUUCCUGAGAUCCAGUCAUGUUUCCCAUGGCCCACAGUUGACGGGAAUGAGCCAGGAGGAAGAGGGACCAAGCCAAGAGACGAGUGAUGAAGAAACAGAAACAUGACUCGAUGUCACUUAUUUAUUGUCUAAACCUUACAUGGGCAGAGGUUAGGUACAGUAGGACUGGGGAGCUUCACCAUAAGAGCAACACAAGCCCAUCCUACCACAGAAGACCUAGAACCUCCCACUUCUACUCCACCUCCCUCCCCCGUCUCCUCCCCAACCUAGCUACAAAUAUGCCAUUUUGAAUCAAUGUGGACCAAAACAUAUUUUCAGUUAUUAUAGUCCAAGUCCUCCAAAUGUUUUUUACCAUCAAGACGAGGAGAGAAACUUUUACUGUGCAUUAUAAAUAUUUGGUUCUGUGUUGUAAAAGUGUGUGUUUAUAAAACAGCCAGAUGGUUUUAUAUAUAUUUCCACAUUGUGUGUGUACAUGUGUCUAGAUAUAUGCACACAAACACUUUUUGGAAAAUGAGGAUUCAUUUGGGAUGUAUUUUUCCAUGGUCUUUUACCCCUUCACUGUCCAUUAGAUCAAAAUAUCUUACUUAGUUCACAAACAACUUACAUUUUCUAAUAAAAUUGGGGAAAGUUGUAGUCAUCCUGAUUGUUUAAAGCUACCUCACGCUGAAAAACACAGUGAAAACAUUCACCUUAAAUCUUGAGCUGACCAACAUGUGCUUUUGGGUGGAACUGGGGCUGAACGGCCAUCUUUGCUUUGGGGUGCUCCAUCUUCAGAAGGUGCUAUGAGUUCUAGAAUUCAGUCUCUGCCAUCCCCCCCCCAAUUCCCACUAGCCUCACACCACACACACACACCCCACCCUGGAGGACAGGUGCAGCCAGGCAAAGCAGAGAACCAAGGGACUUUGGGUAGUACCCUAUGGAGUCCAUGCCCCACAAAUAGAAUCACGGGACUCCAAGGAGAGCCGCCCAAACAACCAGGGUGGGUUGUCUCUGUGUGUGUGAGGGUGUGUAUAUUUGUUUUGUUAUUAUUACAUUUUAUUAUGAUCAUGAUCAUUUUUUUGUUUUGUUUAUUUUGUUACACUUUUAAUUGAUGUAAAUUGGAAAUAAAAAGAAAAUACCAAGUAACAAUUAAGUUGACUUUUAACUGAGUUUCUUUUAAAUAAGUACAGAAAAGGCAUGAGGGUUGGAUAGCUUUUUCUGUUAACUGAACCCAAGGCCUGUGUACUGUUUUUGUUGUUGAGAGGUCAGUUACCCUUUUUAAGGGUUUGAGUGCAUGGCAUGUGUGUAAGUAUGCAUGUGUGAGUGUGUUUUCCUAUGAGAGAAUGUCAUAACACAGGAAUGAAAGUACUGUAUUCAUUCACCGGUUUCAGGGUGGUGUCAGGCAUGGUUGGCUUCUUUUUGUUAGAAGGCAUAAAUACAGUAGAGCAAAUGAUGUGCUGAAUGGAAUUGAAGUAUUUUGUACAUUAACAGUAAUGUUUUAAAGAUGCUUCAAGACAUGGCCACGUAGGUGUUUGUCAGCGUUUGGUGAUCCGCUUGUCUGUUUCCCUUCCUCUCCACCUCUCCAUAUCUUUCUUCUGAGCAAUAAAAAUUAGCCUGAAAAGACUAAACAGUGA